CUCGCAGCAUGAACUCUUCACUCUGGAUUUAAUUUGACUCUCAUCUCUGUUCUCAUCUGUCACCUAUGAACUGGUCAUGUAGUCUGAACUGAUCAGGCACAGUGGAUUCUAGUUCGAGUUGGGCAGAUUGUUGGGGUUUGGAUGAUGAUUUUAGUAACACUUUUAUCAGCUCUUGUCCUGUGUGGAUCUGCACAAUAUUCCAGCGACCAGUGCAACUGGAGAGGAAGUGGUCUAAUGCAUGAGUCUCAUGCACGGGAUGUAGAGCAGGUAUAUCUGCGCUGUGCAGAAGGCUCCUUAGAGUGGCUCUAUCCCACAGGAGCCAUCAUCAUCAACCUCAGGCCCAAUCUGCAGUCGAGGCCCAGAGGACACCUCCACGCUUGCAUCAAGCCUCGGGGAGACUCGCGGGGGGGCUCUCUAUACGUGGAGCGAGCUGGAGAUCUGAGACCGCUGCUGUCAGAAGCAGAGCAGGCCGCUGGUCGAGUGCGCUGCUUUAGUCUCCAGGAGGGGGUGCUGUUCGUGGAGGCGUCCGUUCAACAGGACAUCAGCAAGAGAAUCACAGCGUUUCAAUAUCAGCUAAUCUCAACAGAGACACCAGGGGACGAGCUCUACUCACCUACAGCUGCAUGCCGGCCCUGCACUGAUCAGGAGGUGCUAAUGGCUCUCUGCACCAGUGACUUUGCGGUGCGCGGCAAUAUUCAGAGCGUCGAGCAGGAGGCUGAUGAAGAUAGAGCAUCGGUGGUGGUGUCACUGAGUCAUGUGUAUCGUCAGAAGAGUCGUGUGUUUGUGUCUGGUGGGGGGGGGCGCGGCCGCUGGACAGGUCGUGUGAAGACUCCCCAGCAUUGCGGCCCACGGGCGGGACAGGGCGAGUUUCUUUUUACGGGAGCGGUGAGAUUUGGGGAAGCGUGGCUGGGAUGUGCUCCGCAUUAUAAAGACUUCAUCAAACUCUAUCAGUCGGCUCUGGACUCAGGAACAAACCCCUGCCAUAUAGACAUGGACUGAGAACACUUGCACAGAGCUGCAAAUACAAUGCAGAAGACAAAUUGAGAUUUUGGGUGAAUCUCACUACCUGUCAAGUACCGGUUCGCAUCCUCGCUAAAAGUGGUCCAACUUUGGAAAUGGUGAAUUUAAAAAAAACUCAAACAUGACUAGAACAUAUCCUGUAAUUUUUUUUAACCCCAUAAUGAAAAAAAAAGAAAUAAGAAAUUAUAUUUUCUGUCAUUCAUUCAUAUUUUUGUCAUUCUGACAAUAUUUUCAUGACAAUUAAGCACCUCCUCCCUGCCAAUUCUUUCCGUAAUGGAAAGAAAACUCUCAUUCUCAUAACUGUAAAAAAAAACAAACUCAAACAGCAAAAAAAUAUAUAAUUUUUUAUUUAUUUUUAUUUGAAGCAUAUAUAUAUAUCAUGGUCGUAUUUGUUAUACUGCCAAUACUGAUAUAAUCUAUGCUGAUUUUAAUGUUAUCAUCAUUGAGAAUAAGAAAAUACAGUUGAAAAUAAUUAUUUAAAGGCAUCAUAUAAAAUAAUAAUAAAAAAAAAACUCAAAAUUAAAACUCUUGGAUCAUUACUACGGAGCGCCUUAGAGAACAAGGAGGGAAUUUACAAAAAUGAACCAUGGUUUUACUUCAAUAACCAUUGCUGAACCAUGAUAUUCAUAAUAAAACCAUUUUAAUAACAGGAAAAACCAAAACUAAUAAUAAAAAUCAUAAUCAUUCUGAAGAAACAAAAGAAGAAGAAAAAAAACAUGGUUACUACAGUUUUACUAUAGUAACACCAUGGUGUAAUAUUAACAAACGAUGAACAAUACUUAUUAAGCAUUUAUUAAUCUUAGUUAAUGUUAAUUACAACAUAUAGUAAUGCAUGUUUAAAAUCAAAAGUUGUACUUGUUAACAUUAGUUAAUGCACUAUGAACUAACAUGAACUAACAAUGAACAGUAGUAUUUUAUUAACUAAUAUUAACAAAAAUUUAUAAAUGAUGUAAAAAAUAUAUUGUUAAUUGUUUGUUCAUGAUACCUAAUGCAUUAACUAAUGUUAACCAAUGGAACCUUAUUGUAAAAUGUUACCAAUAAGUUUUUCUAAAGUGAAUCCAAGGACAUGUUUUUUGGUAGAAACCACGUUUCUUUGGUGGUUUUCAUGUAGUAUUACUAUGAUUUUACUAUGAAGUUCAUGUUUAAAAUAUGGUUACUAAAGUAAGAUCGUUGUGUUUACUAUGGAUUUACUACAAAUUAGAGCCCGACCGUUAUGGGAUUUUUGAGACCGAUACCGAUUUUAGAGGGGGAAAAUUCACAGAUUACCGAUAUGGUGGCCGAUAUAGUUAAUUUUUGAGCUGGAAUGAAAACAGACCUUUUCUAUGUGGAUUGUUCACCGAUUUUGCACCGAUAUGACUAUGCAGAGGUACUCGGAAGGCUGCUUUCUUAAGCAAACAUUUUUAUCAAAGAAUAUUUGACAUUAUUAUUAAACAUUGUCAACAAAUUCUAGAAAUGAACACUGAGAAAAUAAAGAAUAAAUACAAAUAAAAUAAAUAACUAAAUAAACAUCAGUAUUGUUUAGUAUCAGUCAAAUGCUGACCAUUAAAAUAAAGAAUAAAUAAAAAUAAAAUAAAUAGCUAAAUAAACAUCAGAACUGUUUAGUAUCAGUCAUAUGUGACUAUUUUAAUACUGCCAGUCAAUUAUUGGCAGGUUGUAAAACAAGAAGCAUUUACACCUGCCGAGUCAAGAGAUAAACAGCGGCAGCGGUGUUACACAGUAUUCUGUUAUACAAGUUCAGGGGAAACUUGCAAUGGUGGAAAACCAGACUUUUAAAUAUUACAUUUUGUAAAUGCAGCGACUGGAAUUGUUCGGUUGAAGGGGGUACCAAACUGUGAAUGCUGAACAAAACAGUUUGGUGAAUAUAUGUUUACACAUUAGCUUCCACUCAGCUGACAAGGGAUGAAAGUAGCUACGUGGUUAGCUAGUUAGCUAUGAGCUCAUUGUCAUGGAGAGUAAAAGAUGGACUUUAUUUACUUUCCAGCAUUGCGUCUCACCAACUAGGUAACAACGUAGCGUGAAAUCAACACAAACACAAUCCACCACCGCACCAUUGUCGGCUAAGCUGCAAAAAGAUGCUCUGAGAAACUAUAGCUGGCUAACAUAGAAAACAGAUGUGAUAAACAUGAGUGACAUGGUUGUCAGGGACAGGGUUAACGAUAUAUUAGUAAUAUUGAAAAGGGAAAAUGAUGGGUCAUUGUUUAUUAACUUUUCAGUAUGUAUUUCACAAACUAAUUAGCAACUUACCGUGAAGACUGCUUAACUCUGCAAUGCUUAACUCCGCACCGCUUAACUCCGCACCGCUUAAUUCUGCAUCGCUUAACUCUGCAUCGAUUAACUCCGCACCGCUUAACUCCGCUUAACUCCGCACCGCUUAACUCUGCAUCGCUUAACUCUGCAUCGAUUAACUCCGCACCGCUUAACUCCGCUUAACUCCGCACCGCUUAACUCUGCAUCGAUUAACUCCGCACCGCUUAACUCCGCACCGCUUAACUCUGCACCGCUUAACUCCGCACCGCUUAACUCUGCACCGCUUAACUCCGCACCGCUUAAUUCUGCAUCGCUUAACUCUGCAUCGAUUAACUCUGCACCGUUUAACUCCGCGACUCCGCACCGCUUAACUCUGCACCGAUUAACUCUGCAUCGAUUAACUCUGCAUCGCUUAACUCCGCACCGCUUAACUCCGCACCGCUUAACUCCGCACCGCUUAACUCUGCAUCACUUAACUCUGCAUCACUUAACUCUGCAUCGAUUAACUCUGCAUCGAUUAACUCCUCAGCGCUUAACUCCGCAACUCUGCAUCGCUUAACUCUGCAUCGCUUAACUCUGCAUCGAUUAACUCCGCACCGCUUAACUCCGCGACUCCGCACCACUUAACACCGCAUCGCUGCAGAACCACCAUCAGUUCAGCUCUGUAAACAGUGGAGUCGGAGCGCGCUUUGCUGGACAAACUACAUUAUGACACCAAUUCUAAAGCAUUGUUUUCUGCAUUAUAUGUUCUGAAAAAAGUUUUCAUAUCUGCUCAUAUCGGUAAACAUAUACGGCGAUACCGAUAUAUCUGUGAAAGGCUAAUAUUGAUAAAUUGGUCGGGCAAUACUACAAAUAUCAUAGUUCAACUUUGAUUACUAAUUAAAAAGGUCACAAUGCAACAAAUAGGGCUUCAUGUUAUUUAUGGAACGCAUAACUUCUUAUUUCUUUUUGAUUUUGGGGUGAAACAUGACCUGGACGUGCUCAUGACAGGUUUCGUGAGAUUCACCGUUUUAGUUAAAUGGGUCUGGUGGAGCGGUUGGAUGCAUCUGAAGUGUGAGGUAAACACUGAUAGACCCACCCUCAAGUUGUUCUCCUUGGUUACAGAAGUUUAUUUGUUUGUUCCUGUUGCCUGAUUGUUCACAUCUGAAAGCGAUACUGAGAAAGUGUGUUGUAACACUUGUGUGGAUGCAAGUGUGUUUGUGUGUAUCUAUCAUCUCUUGCCUGCACACAUGUGCCGGAGGAGGUCACAGUGCUUUUGUUAAAAGCCUUGUUUAUUGUUAGAGUGGUCAAUUCUUCUGACUGAGUUCUUGAACGGUGUGUUUAUGGGUAAGUUUGUACAUGCAUAUUUGCAUUUUGUGUAUAUAUUGUAUUUGUGUACGAGUUGCAUUGUUCUGUUCCCUCAAAAUGAGUUUCAAAUUUCUAAGGAAUAAAAACAUAUGGAUUAUU